GCGCGGGCUGAGAGCCGGGGAAGGGAGCCGGGUGGCUGGCGAGCCGGGACGUCGGGCGCCGCCGCAGAGAAGAACUAUGGAGGAGCCCUUUGAACCCGAAGGACUAAUAGACUGGAAAGAGCGCUGUGUAGCUCUGGAGGCUCAGCUCAUGAAAUUCCGAGUUCAAGCAAGCAAGAUCCGAGAGCUCCUAGCAGACAAAAUGCAACAGUUGGAGAGACAAGUUAUCGACGCAGAACGCCAAGCAGAAAAAGCUUUUCAGGAGGUACAAGUUAUGGAGGAGAAAUUAAAAGCAGCUAAUAUUCAGACCAGUGAGUCAGAGACACGGCUAUAUAAGAAGUGUCAAGACCUGGAGUCUGUGAUGCAGGAGAAGGAUGACAUCAUUCAGAACUUGGCACUGCGGCUCGAAGAGCAGAAACAAGUGAGGAUACAAGAAGCUAAAAUAAUAGAAGAAAAAGCAGCUAAGAUCAAAGAAUGGGUAACAGUUAAGUUAAACGAGCUAGAAGUAGAGAAUCAGAACCUUCGUUUCAUCAACCAAACCCAGACAGAAGAGAUAAGAGCGAUACAGUCAAGGUUGCAAGAACUCCAAGAGAAGAAGGUAUCCUGUGUCUCCACCCCAAAGCCCUCCGAAGGGCAGCGCCUGAGCAAUUUGACUUUUGGAUGCUUCUUGUCCCGAGCCAAGAGUCCUCCUUGUGUAGUAAGAUCCGAGGAAGUGAGCAAGAUGGCCUCCAGUGAACCUGAGUUCACCGAAGGAAGAUGUGUAGAAGAGAUGGAAAUUGCAGAGAACACUGCUGACCACCAAGUCCAAGAGAACAGCAGAAGCCAGAGAAAGCUGCCCGAGACCUCUUGCAGCUCAGAACAGAACCAGAAAACGAGAGCAAGCUUUGCAACGGAUGGUGGUACGUCCCAGAAUUCCGGGGUUCCAGUGAGUGACUGGAGUUCAGACGAGGACGAUGGAAGCAAGGGCAGAUCUAAGUCCAGGUGCACGUCCACCCUUUCCAGCCACACGUCUGAGGAGGGUGGCCAGUGUGGCAGGACGGGCAGCGAAGCCUAUCUCACAGCAUCUGAUGACAGUAGUUCUAUAUUCGAAGAAGAGACUUUUGAUGGUAAUAGACCUGAGCACAAGAAGCUGUAUUCAUGGCAGCAGAAGGCACCAUGGAAAGCUCAGAGUAACCUUGCAAAGGGGAAUCCUCAGUCAGGAGUAAAGGAGCAAGAUAGUUCCUCAGACGAACUGAAUAAGAGAUUUCAGUCCCAGAGACUGGAUUACACAUCCUCAUCGAGCGAGGCCAACACCCCAAGCCCUGUUUUAACCCCAGCAUUAACCCCCAAACACCCUAACUCACUCCCUGCAAAAGGAACACCGUUAGUGCCGCCACCAUUCCAGCCAUCCCCAAAGCUAAGGAUCCCCAACGUUUUCAGUAUUAGUGUGGCACUCACCAAAAAGCACCUGAGUCAGCCACAGUUGUGCUCGGACCGGAUGUUUGGCAUGAACCGGAAUGCUAUAAGCAUGAUCCGGCCGCUGAGGCCUCAGGAAACGGACCUCGAUGUGGUUGACGGUACCGGGGCCGAAGCUGUGAACAGCAUGGACACCGGUUGCGAUGACGGCUUAUUUUCCUAUGACUCCCAGGAUCCUCCGUGUGCAGAUGACCAGGAAAACAGCGAGGCCGCAAAGAAGGCCUCGUGCAGCAAACCCCCCACGCCUCCUUUGCACCGCUUCCCCUCUUGGGAGAGCAGGAUAUAUGCUGUAGCCAAAUCAGGCAUCCGAGUGUCUGAGGCCUUCAAUAUGGAGAAUGCUAAUAAAAAUUCUGCAAACAUACUUUCCUACCCGGCAGCAGGCCCUUACACGUCUCUCAUAUACAAGAAUAUGACAGCCCCAGUGUACACAACGUUGAAGGGGAAGGCGACACAAAUAAGUAGCAGCCCUUUCCUGGAUGAUUCCUCUGGCUCAGACGAAGAGGACAAUUCUAGGGCCAGCUCCCGGAUGUCCGAGUCAGAUGCGCGCAGCCGCAGUGGGCCGAGCAGUCCCAGAGCCAUGAAGCGAGGUGUGUCUGACUCUUCUGAGAGCGAUUAUGCCAUUCCUCCGGAUGCCUAUCCCAUAGACACAGAGUGUUCACAGCCUGAGCAGAAACUCCUCAAAACCUGCUUGGCCUCCAGUGACAAUGGGAAAAAUGAACUAUUAGAAAAAUCUGGGUACCUACUAAAAAUGAGCAGCAGAGUCAAGACUUGGAAGCGGAGGUGGUUUGUUCUUAAAGGCGGAGAAUUACUCUACUACAAGUCUCCAAGUGAUGUCAUUCGGAAACCCCAGGGCCACAUUGAACUUAGUGCAUGCUGCAGUAUUUUACGGGGAGAUAACAAGCAAACGGUUCAGCUGACCACAGAGAAGCACACGUACUAUCUGACGGCAGAUUCUCCCAAUAUCCUGGAAGAAUGGAUCAAAGUGUUGCAGAAUGUUCUACGAGUUCAAGCUGCUAACCCCCUCCGCCUGCAGCCCGAGGGCAAACCCACCGUGAAGGGACUGCUCACCAAGGUAAAACAUGGCUACUCUAAGAGAGUCUGGUGCAUGCUUGUCGGAAAGACCUUGUAUUAUUUUCGUAAUCAAGAGGAUAAGUUCCCUCUAGGUCAGAUCAAACUCUGGGAGGCUAAGGUGGAGGAGGUGGACAGGUCCUGUGACUCGGAUGAGGACUACGAGACCGGUGGGCGCUAUCUGCUGUCCACCCACUACACCAUCAUCGUCCACCCCAAGGACCAAGGCCCUACCUACCUGCUCAUUGGAUCCAAGCACGAAAAGGAAGCUUGGCUUUAUCACCUCACUGUUGCAGCUGGAAGCAACAAUGUAAAUGUUGGAUCGGAAUUUGAACAGCUGGUUUGCAAGCUGCUAAAUAUAGAAGGGGAGCCAUCCUCCCAGAUAUGGAGACACCCCACGCUGUGCCACAGCAAAGAAGGAAUCCUGUCCCCUCUCACCACACUGCCUUCAGAAGCUCUGCAGACAGAGGCCAUUAAGCUAUUUAAGACCUGCCAGCUCUUUAUAAAUGCUGUGGUCGACUCCCCGGCCAUCGACUACCAUAUCUCUCUAGCCCAGAGCGCUUUGCAGAUCUGCCUGACACAUCCCGAGCUACAGAAUGAAAUUUGCUGCCAGCUUAUUAAGCAGACCAGACGGAGACAGCCGCAGAAUCAGCCAGGACCCUUGCAGGGCUGGCAACUCUUGGCACUCUGCGUUGGACUCUUCCUUCCCCACCACCCUUUCCUGUGGCUCCUCCAGCUCCAUCUACAAAGGAAUGCAGAUGCCAGGACAGAGUUUGGGAAAUAUGCCAUUUACUGCCAGCGAUGUGUAGAGAGAACACAACAAAAUGGAGACCGAGAAGCCAGACCGUCUCGGAUGGAGAUCCUCUCCACUCUGCUUCGGAACCCCUACCACCAUUCUCGGCCCUUCAGCAUUCCUGUGCACUUCAUGAAUGGUAUCUACCAGGUAGUUGGGUUCGACGCGUCCACCACAGUGGAAGAAUUUUUGAACACGUUGAACCAGGACACAGGAAUGCGGAAGCCAGCGCAGUCUGGAUUCGCACUGUUCACGGACGACCCUUCCGGCAGAGACCUGGAGCACUGUCUUCAGGGAAAUAUCAAGAUCUGUGACAUUAUUUCUAAAUGGGAACAGGCGUCCAAAGAACAGCAGCCCGGAAAGUGUGAGGGAAGCAGGACUGUCCGUCUGACUUACAAAAACAGACUAUAUUUCUCAGUGCAAGCUCGUGGAGAGACUGAUAGAGAGAAGCUACUGUUGCUGUACCAGACAAAUGAUCAAAUCAUAAAUGGCCUUUUCCCUCUGAACAAGGAUCUGGCGUUAGAAAUGGCGGCGCUUCUUGCUCAGGUGGAUAUUGGAGAUUUCGAAAGACCUUUCUCGACUCCUGCUGGACAUGUGACAAACCAGUGCAAAGUAAACCAAACCCUCAAACAAGUUAUAGAGAGAUUUUACCCUAAGAGGUACCGAGAAGGGUGCUCUGAGGAGCAGUUAAGGCAGCUUUACCAGCGGCUCUCAGCCAGAUGGACGGCCCUCCGGGGACACAGUGCGGCUGACUGCGCUCGCAUCUACUUGACAGUAGCCAGGAAGUGGCCUUUCUUUGGUGCCAAGUUGUUCAUUGCAAAACCCAUAGCACCAUCAUCACUUGGCAAUAACUACGUGUGGCUGGCUGUCAAUGAAAAUGGGUUGAGCAUCCUUGAAUACACCUCCAUGAGAUUAGUGGUCAGCUAUGCGUACAAGGGUCUGAUGACCUUUGGAGGCUAUCAAGAGGAUUUUAUGGUAGUCAUUAGUACACAGUCAAAGGACCGGCCAACAGAGAAGUUACUUUUUGCCAUGGCAAAACCCAAGAUUCUUGAAAUUACCCUCCUGAUGGCCAGUUACAUCAACAACUUCUAUCAGCAAAAGACAGCAUUUCACCACCUCUCUGCCCCGGCACUGCUCUCACCCAGGACCCAAGGACCCCAAGCCAGGGCCGUGGGCAGCCAGCCCCUUCCGUCCAACAGCAGGCCCACCAAAGGCCCUACCUUACUCUGAAGCUCCGGAGCCUGAACCUUCACUCUUCUCCACAGCUGCAAGCCAGCCUUCACACCCCGCCACACGGCAUCGCAGAAGCCAGCACUCCACACAUUAGCCGUAAUGGGUUACUCUCUCAUCUGACUCUUAAUAUUUAGAUAACAAUAAACACAAAAUGUGUCAACACACUCAUCGUGUCUUAGACAAAUUAGGUUAGAAUUUGUCUUUUUUUGUUCCUCCAUCUCCCUUCUUAGCCAUCAGACAUUGUGCAAUAAGGCUUCCCGGUUUGCUUUUAAAUAUCCUGGCAAUCUUUUGAAAGGGAGAUUCCAAACUCUCAUUUAGUAGAUGAGUUGACUAUCUGGAAAAGCUCACUGCCAAAGAAUGCCAAGUACUGUAAUCAAAUGUGCCUUAAUGAAGCGAUCUUUGGGAAGGAGUGAGGUUUAGGGUAGGAAUCAGCUGUGGGAACAUAUGCAGGGGGCAAAUUCUUAGAGCAAGCUCAAUGAAUUCUCUGUGGCUGGGCAUCAUAACAUGUGACAACAGACGGACAGCUAACCGAGCCACCUCUGUGAGGGUGGGGGGAGGGGCGGGGGAUUAGGAAGUGUGUACCCUGCCACCUCUUCGGAUCACUGGAGUGUGUCAUUUAAAUGAGGUAGUGGGUGCAGGCUUCCCUGCCUGUCAGCAUAGCCGAAGAUCAUUGGAACAGUGCCCCGCAUUCACAAGUGUUUAAUGCUAGCCCAGCUUGAUAUAAAGAGUGUUUUGGUUUGUUAUAAGGAGUGUCUUUGAAAACAAAGAUGGCCAUUAAAGCUUUGUCCUUCACACAGUCUUCUCUAGUUCAAGUUUUAAAAUAUAUUUCAAAAUAAAUUUUAAUAGAAAAUACUUCAGCCAAAGGAAGUACAUUUUGAGUUGAACUUGUCUGGAGAUGUCGUAGUUAUCCCAUUGCCGUGACAGAAUGCUUGGCAAAAACCACCUAAGUGAGGCAUGGUUGGUUCUGCUGUUUCAGAGAGUUCUGUCCCUGGUGGCUUGGCCCUGUGCAGGUCCUGGCAGGAGCCAGUGGCAUAAGAGGUUUCUUCAACUUAUGGCAAAUAGGAAGCAGAGAACAAGGAGGGGACAAGAGGCAGGGACAACUUCAAAAGCAUGUCCCCAGGGACUCACCUCCUCUUAGUUCCAGCUCUCAAAAUUCCUACCACCUUUCAAACCAGUACAAGCCAAGCAGCCGGCGCACCAGCCUCUGGGAACCUUUCAUAGUUAAAUCCUGACAGCUCUGUCAGUGGCCAGUACAUCUCAAGCUGUGUUGUGGCGAUGUAAUUAGUAUUCCUGAUAACCGGAAACUGUGAUAAGAUAUAAAAAUUCUAUUAUAAAAAUGUUUAACCACAAGUCUACCUAAUUUUAUUUAUGUGUAGAAUACUCGUAUUUAUUUUUAGACAUAUAUUUAUCAAUUUGUGUGGCGUAUUUUUUAAGCCCAUUUGAGAAAAUGCUAGGUGCUCAAUGAAUUUGUUGGCAGAGUCCCUGUGCCAUCCUCUUGGCUGUGGCAGUGCCCUGUCCUCACACUAAGCCUUCUAAACACGAUCUGCCCUUAGGAGCAAAGUCAGGAAGCACGUGGCUCCCACACUGCACUGCGUGGGUAAUGACAAAGGUAUUUUUCAAUUCCGAUAGAAAUGGCUUCAAGUUCACCCUUCCAUCUUUUGAACCACAACCACUCACUGGAUGAACAGAUUUGUUUUUAAGAAUAAAUGAUUAACAAUUUGGAGUGACUUUCGGAGUGUGUUUGACUGGGAUAAAGUAGUGUUUUUGUGUGCCCAUAAACCACUUAAAAAUCAUUAAUGGGUGAGGCAGAGGCUGGGGCAGAGCUCUGACUUACAGGUGAGGACUUUACCCUCAGGCAAUAGUUCUCUCGCCAGCUGGUAGGCAGUCCCGUCUGCCAUAUUGUGAGAUUUAAAAGUAGUGCGUGCUCACCUUCAACAACGGUGCCUCAGGCUUUGCACUGCUUUUUGAUAGAGCAGAAAUAAAAUAUUUUGCUGGAGAGAAUUCAGUUUCGUGCAACCAGUGAUGUGAAAAUUUGAUCUCCUGUGAAAUUCCUUAUAUAGCCAUUUUUUAAUGCAAGUAUAUUAUUAUGAGUGGUUACAAGAGAAUUGUGUUUCGUGUUUAAUUGUAAUAUUUCUCACCUGCCCUUUUCUUUCCUCUCAGUUACAAUAAACGAUUUACAAGUCCCUAUUGAACACUCUUUUGAAUAAUCUUCUGAGGCAUGCUGUGGAGGAAGUGGCCGUCACUGCCCCCUGGUGCCUUCAUUGUGUGUCUUCAGUGUGGUUCUGCCUCAGUCACCUGGAAGGAGGCUGCUCGGGCAAACUGUGAUUUUAAUAUGUGUGCAUUUGGGUACAAAGAGACUAUGUAAAGAGGCAAAUAGAAAUGUAUGUUUUCCCAUGAUUUCAUAAUAAAUCCCUUCAGAGAUAUUAUUUCA